AAAAUAUGAUUUUAGAAGCAGAUCAUGUAUACGUUAUAAUGAAAAAAGAUUACAGAAUAUCUCGAAAUAUAAGAGCUCAAUGGUACUUUGAUCACCUUAAUAAAUCAGUUAAAGUUAAACCAAAGAAAUCAUUAUCUGAAUGCACUGGAGAAAUUGAUGUUGUAUCUAUUAUACCUAAACAUUCACCUGAAAAUUGGAAUAUUAAUGAGAAUCAUAACUAUAAUUUUAUGAUUACAUCAUCAUCUGUUGUUACAUUUUUUGCAAGAAAAUAUCGUUUAGUUUAUUGUGUAGAUCUUAGUGCAUCAGUUGCAACUGUGGAUAAAAUCUGUGGAAAUAUUUUAUUUGAUGAAAUUUUUCUAACUGUUGAAAAAAGUCUGAGAGGAAUAGUUAAACCAUUUUACAUUCCUGGAAGCAGUUUUAUUUUUCAACCAGAAUUAUAUUUAACAGUUUUUGCACAUGUUCCAUUUUGUACAUCAAAAAUACAACAGGUUAUAGUUCAAGGUUGGAUUGUUACAUCUUCAAAUGUUAAUGAAAUUUUGGAAAGCAUUCAUAAAAAGUUGUUAAGAAUUGGAGCAAAUGUUGCUGAAAUUACUGCUAAUAUUAAUAGGCAAAAUGAAUUAGAAGAGUCAGAUACAGAACAUAUGCCUGAUGGAAUUUUUGAUGAACAUUAUAGCUCUUAUCAAAAAAAAUCUUUAAAUAUCCCUUCUGAUAUUAAUGCCGUCAAUAUGCUUAGAUAUGGAAUAUUAUCAAUACAGUUGCUUCCUGAAAACAGUAGUGCUGGAAUUAUCAUUAUUACUGAUGGAACAUUAAGUUUUCCAAAUACAACAAUGUUAGAUUCAUUGCUCACCCAGUUACAUAACAGUACAAUAUCUUGCUCAUUUCUUCAACUAGGAAGUAGAUAUCAUCCUUUUGCCUGUUUUGGUUUUGUGCCAUAUGCUGAUUUAAUGCAAUUUAUUGCCACUGCUACUUGUGGUGCUUAUCUUUCUAACUGUCCAGAUGUAGAUGAUUCAUAUAAAAUGAAUAUAUAUCAUAAAGCAUUUUAUUCAUGGAGUUUUCAGAAUCAUUCCUUUAAAACAAAUCAUGAGUUGUUGGAUAACAAUUUUAAUAAUGAUUGGAUUUUACAAAAUAAGAAUUUUUAUAACAGUGAUGUACAAUCGUAUAUUAAAAAGAAACAAAUGGAAGGUACUUUGCCAACUUCUCUCUCAAGCAUUUUGUCAUGUAGAUUGAGAGAAGGUUAUGUCAUUAAGAGUAUAAAUAUAAAUAAGCGUGAAAAUCAAAUUGAAGUCAAACUGUUAUUGCCAUGGAAAUUCAAUGUAAAUAUUGAAUAUUCAGUAGUGUCACAUUGGUUACCUGUUAAGGGAAGUGAAUCUAGUCAAAAUUUUACUUCUCCAACUUGUACAUAUGAAGUGGUUUUUGAAGGUAGUUAUGAGCUUCUCCAUGAUGUAACAUGCCCAAUGAAGAAAGCAAUUCAAAGUUCUUAUAGAAAUGCUGUAGUGAAACAAUUCAGGACAACUUUAAAAAAUUUGUCCAGAACUGAUCAACUUUUAGCCCACAUUCAUUCAUUUUCUCACAAUUCUGUUUAUUAUACUGUGCCAGAGAGCAUUAAAAAUGGAAUUCCAGUGUUUGAUUUAUUGCCAAAUUCUGAUACAAAUAUUUCACUGAAUGAAUCUAGUCAAAAUUUUACUUCUCCAACUUGUACAUAUGAAGUGGUUUUUGAAGGUAGUUAUGAGCUUCUCCAUGAUGUAACAUGCCCAAUGAAGAAAGCAAUUCAAAGUUCUUAUAGAAAUGCUGUAGUGAAACAAUUCAGGACAACUUUAAAAAAUUUGUCCAGAACUGAUCAACUUUUAGCCCACAUUCAUUCAUUUUCUCACAAUUCUGUUUAUUAUACUGUGCCAGAGAGCAUUAAAAAUGGAAUUCCAGUGUUUGAUUUAUUGCCAAAUUCUGAUACAAAUAUUUCACUGAAAAAUUCUUCCCAUGCACAGUUUGCUAAUUUUUGGAAACCUAUUUGUUUACUUGAUAUAAAUAUUUGGCAAAAAUGGAUGCAUACUCAUAGAAUCGGAAUUAUUUUAGAACAUGAUAUGCCUCUUCCUAAAAAUAUUCAUUUACCCAAUUCUAAUGGUCGCUACAAUCAAAUUCAAUGUCGUCAGGCAUUAACUCUACUGAAUAAAUUUUUACGAGAAUAUAGUUCAUUUGUCUUAAUUGAGAGUAAUUCCUAUAUUAAAUUACUGUUCAGAAUUCAGAUUGUGACUGAAUUACGGGAAAAAAUUCUCAGCUUGAAAUUUCCAAAGCGAACUAUUACAAAGGAUUUUCAACAUUAUUCUUUUCAAAAGAAUGGCGGUUCUCCUCAGAUGCAUCAUAUGUGUUUUAAUCAAGAAUGGAAGGAGAUUAAUUGUUGUAUUUUGCUUCGAAAACCUGUUGAAAAAAUGUUAAUCAGAUACUUGAAAAUGCCUUCUGACUUUACACGUUCUAUAUCAAGUCAAAUGAACACUCAAUUUACAAAUCAAAGAUUUCCCUCUUUUAAUAAUCAUUCUGAUCAAGUUGCUGUAGAUAUGCUGGUUACUCUCAGUCGUUAUCUUUAUCAUCAGCGAUGGAUUUGGACUUUACAAAAUGAUCUGAGUUACUCAAUAUCUAUGAAUGUAGUAGCGCAAUUACUUUCAACCAUUAUUCAGAUGCGAUUGCAGGAAGGUUUUCAUUUUGCUCAUUCUAAUUCUGGAAUAAUCAACAUGGUCCAUGAAAUUGACAUGAAGAUCAAUACAUCAAUAGAUGGGUCUAUUAUUUGUAGGAUUACAUCUCCUGUGAAAAAAGGUUCAGGGUUUCAGGAGCCUAAAAGAUAUGGUAUUGAGUUGACUGAUCUUGAGAGUGGACUAAUUGAACUUCUCAUUGGAGCUGAUGUGGCUGGUAAAUUGAUGACGAGCAGAUAUUGGAAGCUUGCUUGUGGUCUUGCAGCUAUAGAAACUCAAUUAGGUGGGAUGGUCAUGGGCCACACUGCUGAAACAUUGCCUAAUAAUACAGCCUUGAUUGUUAUUUUUAUAUUGUACAAGGACAUUUAUAUUUUGGAUUUAUGGACUCUUGAUUCAUUUGGUAUUACUGAUCCUUCAGAAAAGAAAACUAAAUUUGAAAUUCAUGUGGCUGCAGAACAAUCUCAAGAUGAAGAUAUAGAAAUUGAACUUCCUGAAGCAGAUGGAGAAUUGCAAAUAAUUACAGAAUGUUGGGUUGAACCACAAAAUGGCAUUGCUAUACCUAAUUCACCUGGUGUUAACCAUUUAAAUGGAUUAACUUAUGAACAGUUUCCUCAGUCUAUGUUUCCUAUAGAUCUGGAUUGUGUAUCAUGCUUUCUUACAAUAGAACAUUUGAGCCUUUUGUGCAAGAACAGAAAUAUGUCAUCACCUUUUGCACUUGAUGCUGAUAAUACUUCAUCAGCUACACCACUUACUACAGAUAUGCAUCAAUCUUUUCUUUCUGCAGCUAGAUCAACACCAGAUAUAUUGAUGUCUCAAACAUUAUUAAUUUCACCAUCAUAUGAAACAAACAUACAAAUAAUACCAUUUUCUUAUGAUAUUAUGAAAAUACUUUCUAAAUGUCAACAAAUGGAAUUAUUAUUUUCUACAUUUAUUCAAGGUUUAGCCAACAGUUCAAUGAAGCAAGUAAAUGAUCAACUUCCAAAUCAAUAUUUAUUUGAAUUCUUUAUGGACUGCAUAAUUGAAAUAAAUGACAGAGAAAUAAACCUCUCAAGCAGUGAUAUGGCCAUAUUUCCAUGGUUAGUGCACAAAAGAGAACGGAAUUGGAAUGAAUAUUCUAUCCCAUUUCAUUGUCCUAAUAUUCCAUCUGAACUUCAUAUUGAUUCAAAUUAUAAAUUUCCAGGAGAAAGAAACAAAGUAAAAUUAGAUUCUGUGCCAAAAUGGAGGUGUUUUGUUAAAAAUGUGGAAACAAGUCAUGUUCUUUUGACAUUUAUUCCUGCAACAUUUGAAGACUUAAAAAAUCUUGUGUUUGAUAAAUCUAGCUCCUAUGAUUUUCCACCAAAAUCAGUUAAAAUUGUGAGCUCUUUAAAUUGGAAAGAAACUGAAAUUAUAGAUAUGGUAAUUAAAUCAAAAGAUAAAAGUAACAAUAUAGAAGAGGAAUUAAAUAUUUCUAAAUCAAAUGAAGAGGAUAUGUUUGUAAAUAGUACAGGAAAUUAUUCUUCUCAUUCAGAAAUGUUUGGUUCUAUAACAUUGCCAAUAUAUGUAUAUAACUGUUCAUUAAAUAGCUUAGUUAACCAAUUAGUCUACCAUAAUAAAGAUAAACACUGGAAAGAUCUAUAUCAUGAUAUUACAUUCAAGAUAGAUGAUGAACAUUUAGGAUAUGAUAACUCUGGUACAUUUAGGAAUGAUACAUAUAAUAAUGGAUGUACUAAACAGUCUACUCCUGAGCCAAGAUCUGAAGAAUCUGAGGUGGAAUCUGAUAAAGAACCACUGAGAACUUAUUGUAAUAUGUUAGAGAUAUAUUUUCAAAAAUCUUUUGCCUAUGCAUUAUUUAAAUCUCUUCAUCAUGGAUCCUACAUAGACAAACAAGAUGUAUUAGCAGUUAUUGAUGGAAUUUGCAAGGAAUCUCUUAUAGAAAUUAAUAUUACUAAGUUUUUACAAAUGAUAUGUGGACAUAUGAAAGAUUUCUGUAUGAAAGCAACUGUAGAACAAAAACGUCAUUCUUCAGAAAAAAUAAACAAUAAAAAUAAAUGCAAAAAUGAAAAUGAUGCUAAAACAGAAAAUUUAACUUCAGAAAAUAGUGAAAGUAAUGAAAAGCUUUUUCCAUUGGAAGUACUCCAACGUCACCAACCAUGUGAACCAUUGCAGCAACUUCAUUCAGAUAUUAAAAAUAAAUUCUUGCAGAUACUUCAACAUUCUUUCAAACCAAUUCCAUCUUUACCGGAUUUUUAUUAUUUUUGUCCUCCAUGUUUUCUAGAUAAUGAAGUGUUUCCAGUUGUGAAUGAAAAUCAAGAAAAAAUUUUGGAAGAUAGAGAAAGUACUGUUGCUCAUACUGAUAUAAAUGAAGUUUCAUCUGAAGUAGGAUUAAUAUCAGAAGAUAUAGAAGAAACAGAAAGUAUGCAUGCAACAAAAAUUGAUAUUGAGAUUUAUGAAUGUGUGAUGGAUCAUCAAGAUAUAGAAAGAUUAAGUAAUGUUUCUAAUCAUACUCAAGGAACUCAGAGUGCAUUGUCUUCAUUAUUAGAUGAAGAAGAACAUUUUAAUUCUACACAAGAAACUAGUAGUCAACUUCCUCCUCUCUUCAUUCAUAUGACUUGUUCUGUUAGAAGGAGAAAAGAUGUAGGAAGCUGUUCUGUUAGUAGUCUUCCAACCUGUUUAGAAACAGAAAGUAUGCAUGCAACAAAAAUUGAUAUUGAGAUUUAUGAAUGUGUGAUGGAUCAUCAAGAUAUAGAAAGAUUAAGUAAUGUUUCUAAUCAUACUCAAGGAACUCAGAGUGCAUUGUCUUCAUUAUUAGAUGAAGAAGAACAUUUUAAUUCUACACAAGAAACUAGUAGUCAACUUCCUCCUCUCUUCAUUCAUAUGACUUGUUCUGUUAGAAGGAGAAAAGAUGUAGGAAGCUGUUCUGUUAGUAGUCUUCCAACCUGUUUAGGAGAAGUGAUAAAAUGUUUAAAGUUAUCAUCUCUUGAAAUCAAUCUCAAAGAUUUGGAAAUUACUCUAGAUAUAUUGUGUCUAUCUUUACCACCUGAAGUAGAAUAUCCUCAGUUGCAAUUCAUUUCUCCCUUGUAUGAACAAGAUACUGAAAAUAUUAGAAAUGAAUGCAAAAAUUGGCAAUUAUUACCAAAGGACGUAAUGGUUGAUUCUAUGAACUAUCAUGAUUUUUUGUCUUCAGAAAUCAAGUGUGGAAAUAAAAUACAGUAUAAGAUUCUUCAACAUAAAAAGCAAAUGAUUGAAUGGAUGCUCCAAGAUGAAAUAGCUUCUGCUGCUUUAAACACCUAUCCUCUAACAGUAACAACUCUUGAAAUGGUUGCAAAACAUGUAAAGAAUUCCACCCAAUAUCCUUGUUGUUUGAUGGAGGAAGUACCACUUCAGUUUGUUUUCGGAUCAGAUAUAAGUCUUGAUAAAUUUACUCAGGAAUUUAAACAAAUGUCUGCACCUGGUUACCAUUUAAAGAAAGAAGAAAAUUAUUAUUAUUUGAUUAUAGAUAUAGAAACUGCAGAAAAACUUAAAAGACCAUUUGGUUCUCUAAUACCUCCUCUUGGUGCAGCUAGUAAAGAUUUAAUCAUUCAAGCAAAUCCACAUGGAGAUGAUAGUACUCAAUUAAAAAAUAUCACUGAAACUUCAUAUAAAGACAAAGACAUACAUGUAAGAAGGCUAAGUGACACAAGUCUUACAGAGGAUUGUAAUCAGUAUUUAGACUUUAUGAAAACAUCGAAUCAGUCAAUUAAUGCUCCACAAAUACUGAAUAUUUUACGACAGAAAACGCACAAUGAAUAUGAAUCUGAAACAGAAGAUGGUGAAGAUAAAAAUUAUAAAAAAUCAAGAAUGACUCGUAAAUUGAGUUCUAAAUCUCAGAGAGAUAGAUCAAGAGAAGAAUCUCGAGCAUCUUCUGUUCCUCCUUCACUUCCUGAUGAAAAUCUCUCUCUUUCUCAUAAUGAAACUCUGCAAGUAGGACAGUCAGCACCUUCAGGGUUUACAAACUUUUUCCAGAAUGUAGAUACACUUUUAGAAUGGAAACAAAUAAAAGAAGAAUCAAAUGAAUCUUUUUAUCAAAAAUAUAUGAUAGAAACUGAAAGAAAAUCCAAAAAUAAUUAUUUUGAAUCUUCAGAAGAAAUUCAAGAAAAUAAUUGUCAUUCCUUAUCUGAUAAUAGAUCUUCUAGUCCUGGUAUUGAAGUAGAUUCUCAGAAUAUUAGUCUCUCAGAAACAGUUGAUGAUGUUAUAUCAAGAGACUGUACUGAAAUAGAAAAUGAUGAAACUACUGGUCUAGAUUAUACAAGUAAAGAUGAACUGCCUUCUCCCAGUGAUCUUGCAGAUAAUGGUUUUAAUCCAAGAUUACAUUUAACAACAGAGGAAUCACUUGGAUCAACACCAGUUGUGUAUAGUGAGGUUGAUUUUGCUAGCUGCAUUGGUAGUGGUCAUGUCAGCAACACAGAGGAAGGCUAUGAAGGUGAUAGUAGUGAAUCUGAUAGUAAUGAAUCUGACGGUGAUUGUGAUUGGUUGAAUUUACUUGAUACAAAAAGACCUCUUUUGCCUGGGUUCUGGCUAAUUAUGGAAAUCUUCAAAGAUAAAGUUUGCCUAUAUUUUCACAUUAGGCAUAGAGAUGAAGAAGAUGAAGAACUGAAACAAAGUAAAGAAAUCUUAAGUCAAGUUAUUCACAUUAUUAGAAAUAUUUGUAAAGUCGUUAAUCAAAGUUUGUUGCUUCAAAACUUACAUGAAUCAAGAAUGUGUAAUCAGUUAUUAGUUCCUGAAGCAAAUGAAGACAUAUGGAAACCUGAGUCUUCAACAGUAGAACAAUUUAAGAGCCUGAAAAGGAUACCAUCAUUUGAUGAUUAUAAUCAAAAUAAUUAUUUAGAAGCAACUUUGAAGUUUAUGCCUGGUGCAUUUGACUGUGAUGUAAUUUGGCAAACUCACUUUACACUUCAUCACAGACUAUAUACUGGACAGAGUCGCAGUAACAUGUCUAGAGGAAUUCAAGCCUUGAGAACUGUCUUAAAUACUUUCUCUGUAAAUAAUAGAAAUAAUAUGUUUGUUUAUCAAGAAAGAUCUGGGUCUGUAUUUUAUUUGAGGUUACAUGAAGUGCAGUGUCUUCAAGCAGAAUAUCAUAAAGGAGAAGAUGUAAUUUCACUAGGAGUGUCUGUUAAGAUAGUCUUCUAUUAUCUGAGAGAGUGCUUUUUGCAGGAAUUUCGACCAAGAUUGAGUUCGGGACUUUCAGAAAAAGAUCAAUUUCAUGAUUCUGCUUCAUAUAUUUCUAAUAAAAUAUCAACACCAAAGCCUCGACAUUGUAUAGCACUACAUGUGCAUGGUAUAAGUGAAGUUGGAUUGGAUAUAAAAGAAGAUCUUGUAAAGGCACUACAAAGUAAGUUAGAUGAUGCAGUAUUAGAUGUUAUUACAAUGAUGUUGAAAAGAAAUUCAAUGUGUAAAUUAACACCAGAAGAUGUACAUUUUAUACAAAAAGUAGGAAAAGAACCAACUCAUGUAACUCAUUAUACUCUCCAUGCUCAAGCAUUUCCACAUUUGCAUGCUAUUGGUGUCUAUCUUCGGCAAAAUUUACUGCACUUUCUUCAUACUCCAAAAUAUAAAGAUAAUAAACCAGAACAUCAUUUUCGUCCUUAUCCUGAUGAUCUGUCGCAAACAUCAUUUAGUGAUGAUGAUGUUUUUUUACAUUUUCUUUAUCAAAGUUCAGGUGUGUCAGGAAACAAAGAAUUGGCUUGUGUAAUUGUAUCUGUUGUUGAUGGCCAAGGAAGACCUGUUCAGCAUAUCUCCUGUCCAAUGUUGCCUUCAUCUACUGCUUAUAAAGAUGGCAUUGCACCUUAUGAAUAUGAAGAAUUUACUUUUACUACACCUUAUGAACCAAAUCCUGAAUGUAGAAGUCCAGGUCCUAUUGCUCUAAUAAGAUUUCAGAUAUGGUGUGCAAGCAAAGUUGAUGUAAAUUCAUUAUGUAACAAACUUGGCAAAGCUGUUCGACAUGCACUUUGGGACUUAUUAAUGGAAUAUCGACUAAUUACUGCACCAAUUUCUGAUUUUAUUCAAAAUGAUGAAUCUCACUGCAACAGCGAACCAAAUACACCUCUUAAAACACGUCGAACAGGAUGGGUUAUGACAGAACAUUUUAGUAAAGAACAUUGUUUUUCACCCAUUAAUAUACCUUCUAAAGGAACUGAUUUUUCUACAUCAAUAUCAAAUGGAGCAAAUAAUUCUCCAGUACAAUCUCCUCAUGAAUCUGUUUUUAAAUUUGCUGACCCUCAAGCUCAAAGAUCUCUUCAGACAAAUAGAACUGAAAGCAGUUCUUCACCUUUGCCAUUAAAAACAAAUGAAAUGACAAGUCCUUCAAAUCUUUUAAAUAUAUAUGAAACUGGUGAGAAAGGCAAAUUACAGACAACCUAUCAAAAAACAAUUAAGUCAUUUCUUAAAUUUGGAAAAAAGCUAGAAGUUCCAACAGUAAAAACUCACGUAUAUUAUUUGAAAAACUGCUAUCCAGUUUCGAUAAUUCUUAAAGAAUUUCAAGCCAAAAUCAAUGAACUAACUCCAGAUAUAUAUCCAAGAAUAUUUCAAAAAGUUACUGCUGAUAGUGAAGAAUUUAUUGUUAUUAAUAAUGCUUGGAAUAUGCAUCUUCCUACAGAUUCAAAAGGAUUAAUAAUAAAUGAAAAUUCAUUGCCUGGUAAAACAAAAAGUUAUAUAAUGAUUGGUAGAAAUGUCAAUCAGUGGAAGGCUUGUAUGGGAUGUUCUGAAUUUUUCAGUUAUUUAGAAUCAGUUUCUAAAAAUCAAAUGAAUUAUCAGAAAUACCCACCACACCUAAUUAAUUUUCAAGCUAAUUACAAAGCACAUGAAUCUACACCAACAUCGCCUAUCACAUUCAGCAGAUCAAGUUCUAUUAUGAAAAUAUCUACACCAUUAUCUGCACCUCAUGGAAACUGUUCAUCUAAUAUAUCCAGAGGUUCAUCUCCAUGUACAGCCACAGAUUUAUCAACUUUACAGUUUAUUCCAAGGCAGCGCUUAUUAUUGUUAUAUAUCACAAAAACAAAGGGGAUACAGCUUUCUACACAGAAUUAUGCCACAACUUCAAUUAAUUACAUUGAUGCCUUGAUCAGGAAUCAUAAUUUUCCUCAAAAAUCAAACCAGAUGAGUUCUUUGACAAAUCUGAAACGAUCUUCAACAAUGCUAGCAGUAAAUAGAAAUUCAUCUCUGGAUAUCUUUAGGGAAACACAUCCACCACAACCACUUCAUCGAACACGUUAUGGAUUGUUACGUGAUUUAGUAAUGCGUCAUGGAAAACAAAUGCUAGAUAUUUAUAAUACUGAAAGUAGAGAUUUGCAAGAUGUUCAUAGAAUAUGGCAAUCACGUAGUUCUGCUUUAACCAGUCCAUUAAUGGAAAGGUUUUUGCAUUUAUUUAAAAAAGUAGGAAGAUUAGAACAUUAUUGCUUAACACCAAUUUUAUUCAGUCCUUCAUGGCGAUGGAAAGUAUCUCCCAUAAGGGAUCACACUUUGCAACCAUUAACUUCUCAGAUAUUUGAAAAAUCAUUUAAUCAAGAGGGUAUUACAUCCAAUCGUUCCCGCCAUAGUUCUGGAAAUAGUGUCAAGAAUAAUGAAAACACAAACAGCAGUGGUAGUAGUAUAAGAAGUAGGAAAUCUAGUGGAAGUAGUCAUCAGUUGCUCAAUAAUCUAGGAAGAUCAUCAUCUAGAUUGAUAACUGAAGAAGCAUGGCAUUUUACUGUUUGUUCUCACUAUAUUCAGGAAUAUAUUCAAUAUUUACAAACAUUAGGAUUUUUGCCAAUUCAAACCAGGGGUCCUACACCCAGACAGAGUAAGAGUUUAAAAUCAAAAGAUGAUGAGAAAUUACAUGGUAAGGGAACCCACAUAAGUGCAUUUUCUCAUCCCAGAACAAGCAACUGUGGACUCUCUGUUUACUAUCUCAUUCGUUCAAUGCUUGGAGGAUUAUUAGUGUUUGAAGUAGGAUUUAGUGAUCCUUAUGCAUUUUGUCAUUUAUAUUCACUGGAAUGCUUACGAUUAAAAUCUAAUAAUUCACGUUUCAUGAGCUCUCAGUUUACAACAGCUUUUGUGGAUGAACUAGACAGAAUUAAAAUAGUUAUGCAUCUACACUCUUUUACAUUUGAUUAUCAUCUGCGCACCAUUUACUCAUACAUUUCUGGACAGCAUCUUAUCUUUCACAAUGGAUAUCAUUUGACUAGUUUCUUAGAUGAUUUUAUGAAAUAUUAUCAGAAAUCUCCUUCUUGUGCUAGAAAUGUUAUUCAUUCAGAUACUUUGGCCAUAAAAGAUACAAAUUUGCCCCCCUGUCAGUUAUAUAACUAUAUAAUUAGCCAUAAUAAAUCAUAUUCUAUGACAGUUCAUAAGAUGGUUCCUAUUAUUCAUUCACUUGGUGUGGAAAUGGACACAGAAUUUGUUUUAGUAGAUACUGUAAGAACUUGCAAAGUAUCUUAUUCCGAUGCUAAUGAUGUAUGUCAAGUAGAAAGUUUUGAUGUAGGUUUACUCAUAACACAUGAUAUAAGUGUAGUAGAUGACAUUCCUGAAAGUAACACACUUUUUCUGAAAUACUACAUCAUACUUACUAGUCAACGAGAACCAUAUCCGAAAUUAUUUAAUAGCCCUCGAAAUUUAGGCACUUUCAAACCUAUUCGAUUGGCAGUCAGUCAUCCCUCUGGUUCCCAGUCUCGUAAAUGUAGUACUGCAUCUAAUCCAUCAGAAGAAAAGACAAAGUUAGAAGAUUCUGGUGAAUUUUCAGAUGCAAGUGAAAAUACCAAGUCACGUGUUUCAUCUCCUCGGGGAAUGUGUGAUGAAGAAGUGAUGUAUCUUGGAUAUUUCAGCAGUCAAGAAACUUUAAUGCAGCAGUUCUUAUACAAACAUAUCAAAGCAUCCAAAAUGCAACUAGAGGACAUUGUGAAAAAGGCUGCUCUACAUUGCCGAAGAGAUUUUCUUUGGAAUAACCUUCUACCUUACGGUAACAAAGACGAUAGCAGCAACAAAGAGAAGAAUGUAACUUCCGAAUUUGCGGAAUUUUCUGAACUCUUAAGUUUAGUCACAGUCGUUCCACUAGAUGAUAUAGAUAACAACUUGGCAGCCUUUCUUAAUAUGCACAUUACUUGGUAUCAAGGAUUAUCUAAAGUACUUAAGAAUAAGUAUUUGAAUCGUCAUCGAUAUUUCAGAGCCCCUGACGAAAAUAUGUAUUAUGUGGCUGUAAUGCAUUCCAAAUACCAGGAUUUCUUUAUGCUACUCCAUGUUAAUCUUCAUUCCAGUAGAGCUAAUUUGUGCCUAGUUCUCAGAGAAAAACAAGAAGAUCAGGACAAAUCUACCAAAAAUUUAGAAAGCAUGCACUGUUUAAUUGAAGAAUUUGUUAAUGUUUGUUGCUUUCAUCUAUGGAGUGGAAUCGUGUAAAUAAUUAAUUAACAAAGGACUUGAUCAGGUGCAAUACUUACAUAAUUCAUUCCUAUUUGCUCAGUAUUAACAAAAUUAAACUUGAUAAUUAACUGUAAAUAAAAUGUACAUAAAAUAAAAGAAAAAAAUCUACAU